AUGGCUGCCAACGGCGUCCCUUCGCCCUUUGUGACGCUGGUCUCGUCUGAUGGCUUUGAAUUCCACGUCCGCCGCUCCGCUGCCUGCGUGUCUCCCACACUCAGGCGCAUGCUUGACCUGCAGAGUAACUUCGCCGAAGCCCAGACGGGGGUCUGCCACCUCGAGAACAUCAGCGGCAACGUCCUCGAGAAAGUCGUCGAGUACUUUUACUACAAUGAGAAAUAUCGGAACAGUGAGGGCGUGCCAGAUAUGGACAUUCCCUCGGAGCUAUGCCUGGAGCUACUCAUGGCGGCCGACUUCUUGCUGCUGACUUAA